AUGCCCUCUACCAUUUCUGUCAAAUUAGUAGCGGCUGAGACAUUGUACAAAAGAGAUGUCUUCAGAUCUCCAGACCCCUUUGCUGUGUUAACCAUCGAUGGUUAUCAAACAAAAUCCACAAGUGCUGCAAAGAAAACUCUAAAUCCAUAUUGGAAUGAAACGUUUAAAUUUAAUGACGUCAGUGAAAGUUCUAUUUUGACUAUUCAAGUCUUUGAUCAAAAGAAAUUCAAAAAGAAAGAUCAAGGUUUCUUAGGUGUCGUCAAUGUUAGAGUUGGUGAUGUUUUAAGCCAUCUAGAUGAUAAUUCAUCUCGUAAUAGUUCUCGUGAAGAAACAAUCACAAGGGAAUUGAAGAAAUCAAAUGAUAAUUUGGCUGUUAGUGGUAGAUUGAUUGUAGUUUUAUCAAAGGAUCAAUCUCCCUCUUCCGCUUCACGUGGUCACACAAGUCACACAACUGCUUCCAAUUCGACAAGCACUUCAACUGCAGCAGGUACUCAUUCAUCCUCUCACAAUCAUGCCUCUAGAACAAAUACCAAUUCCUCCACUGCGCCUGGUUCUGCAGCAGCAGCAAAUAAUCAUUUGAAUAAUGUCCCUGCAUCCCGUACAAACUCUCAUACUCCAAGACCAACUCCUCAAGCUAUUGAAAAUACUUUACAUACGGGUGCUCAUACAACUUCUACUACAACAAAUGGUACUUCCACUACAACUACAACUGGUGCUGCUGCCGCUGGUGCUUCAAAUGCAAAUAAUGCAAGACAAUAUUCUUCCUUUGAAGACCAAUAUGGCCGUCUACCUCCUGGUUGGGAAAGAAGAACUGAUAAUUUUGGUAGAACUUAUUAUGUGGAUCAUAAUACAAGAACUACCACUUGGAAACGGCCAACUCUAGAUCAAACUGAAACUGAAAGAGGCAAUCAAAUGAAUGCAAACACAGAAUUGGAAAGAAGACAACAUAGAGGAAGAACAUUACCGGGCUCAUUAUCGUCAGAAUCUACCGGUACAAGUGUGACCGUACAAACUAAUCCAAAUGCUACAACGCCUGCUAUAAAUGGUGCAGCAGCGGCUACUUUCUCAAUGACAAAUGCUACCACUUCAGGUUUGGGUGAAUUACCUUCAGGGUGGGAACAAAGAUUCACUCCAGAAGGGAGAGCUUAUUUCGUUGAUCAUAAUACAAGAACCACUACUUGGGUCGAUCCAAGAAGACAACAAUAUAUUCGUACAUAUGGUCCAACAAACACAACUAUUCAACAACAGCCUGUAUCACAACUAGGACCAUUGCCAUCAGGUUGGGAAAUGAGAUUAACAAACACUGCUCGUGUUUACUUCGUAGAUCACAAUACAAAAACUACCACUUGGGAUGAUCCAAGAUUACCUUCCUCCUUAGACCAAAAUGUUCCACAAUACAAGCGUGAUUUCAGACGUAAGGUAAUUUAUUUCAGAUCACAACCAGCUCUUAGAAUAUUACCAGGUCAAUGUCACAUUAAAGUACGUAGAAAGAAUAUUUUUGAAGAUGCUUAUCAAGAAAUUAUGAGACAAACUCCUGAAGAUUUAAAGAAAAGAUUAAUGAUUAAAUUCGAUGGUGAAGAAGGUUUAGAUUAUGGUGGUGUUUCAAGAGAAUUUUUCUUUUUAUUAUCACAUGAAAUGUUUAAUCCAUUCUAUUGUUUGUUCGAAUAUUCCGCUCAUGAUAAUUAUACAAUCCAAAUCAAUCCAAACAGUGCAAUUAACCCAGAGCAUUUGAAUUACUUCAAGUUUAUUGGUAGAGUCGUAGGGUUAGGUGUCUUCCAUAGAAGAUUUUUGGAUGCCUUUUUCGUCGGUGCAUUAUAUAAAAUGAUGCUACGUAAGAAAGUUGUAUUACAAGACAUGGAAGGUGUUGACAAUGAAGUUUAUAACUCUUUGAAAUGGAUAUUAGACAACAGCAUAGAAGGUAUUUUAGAUUUAACUUUUAGUGCUGAUGAUGAAAGAUUUGGUGAAGUUAUAACAGUUGAUUUGAAGGAGAAUGGUAGAAAUAUCGAAGUUACUGAUGAAAAUAAAAAAGAAUAUAUCGAACUAUUUACACAAUGGAAGAUUGUUGAUAGAGUUCAAGAACAAUUAAAAGCAUUUAUGGAUGGUUUCAAUGAAUUGAUACCGGAAGAUUUGGUUACCGUCUUUGAUGAACGUGAAUUAGAAUUAUUGAUUGGUGGUAUUGCUGAAAUAGAUAUCGAAGAUUGGAAAAAACAUACUGAUUACCGUGGUUAUCAAGAAUCUGACGAAGUCAUUCAAUGGUUCUGGAAAUGUGUUGGUGAAUGGGAUAAUGAACAAAGAGCCCGUCUAUUACAAUUCACAACAGGUACUUCUCGUAUUCCAGUCAAUGGUUUCAAAGAUUUGCAAGGUUCCGAUGGUCCAAGAAGAUUCACCAUUGAAAAGGCUGGUGAAUCAAACCAAUUACCUAAAUCACAUACUUGUUUCAAUAGAGUUGAUUUACCACCAUAUACUGAUUAUGAUUCAAUGAAGCAAAAGCUGACAUUGGCAGUCGAAGAAACUAUUGGAUUUGGUCAAGAAUGA